AUGGUGCCGCUAGGGCCCGGGCCAGGCCAUACUGCCGCUCAUCAAACGCACGGUGGGCCUUCAACAAAUUUGUCCGGCCCAAAUUCGUUAUCACAGAGUUCCUCACAGUCAAACAAGUCAUCGGUAGCGAAGCCGAAUUAUACGCUCAAAUUUACGCUUGCGGGCCAUACUAAAGCUGUAUCAUCUGUUAAAUUUAGUCCAAAUGGAGAAUGGCUUGCUAGCUCUUCUGCUGAUAAACUUAUUAAGGUGUGGGGAGCUUAUGAUGGCAAAUUUGAGAAGACUAUAUCUGGACAUAAAAUGGGCAUCAGUGAUGUGGCUUGGUCUUCAGAUAGCAGGCUAAUUGUUAGUGCUAGUGAUGAUAAAACCCUUAAGGUUUGGGAGCUAAGUUCAGGAAAAUGUCUAAAGACACUUAAAGGACACAGCAAUUAUGUUUUCUGUUGCAAUUUCAAUCCACAAAGUAAUCUUAUUGUCUCUGGUAGUUUUGAUGAGAGUGUUCGGAUAUGGGAUGUCAGAACAGGAAAAUGUUUAAAAACACUACCAGCGCAUUCAGAUCCAGUGUCCGCAGUGCAUUUCAACAGAGAUGGAAGUCUUAUUGUAUCUUCCAGUUAUGAUGGUCUAUGCCGAAUUUGGGAUACAGCCUCCGGUCAGUGCCUUAAAACACUCAUAGACGAUGACAACCCGCCAGUGUCCUUUGUCAAGUUUUCACCAAAUGGCAAGUACAUUCUAGCGGCGACUUUGGACAACACAUUGAAACUAUGGGACUACAGUCGGGGCAAGUGCCUCAAGACCUACACUGGACAUAAGAAUGAGAAAUAUUGUAUUUUCGCAAACUUCAGCGUUACUGGCGGAAAGUGGAUAGUAUCAGGCUCGGAGGACAACCUGGUAUACAUAUGGAAUCUGCAAUCAAAAGAGAUUGUGCAGCGACUAUCGGGGCAUACAGACACGGUGCUGUGCACGGCUUGCCAUCCCACUGAGAAUAUUAUCGCCUCUGCCGCACUUGAGAACGACAAGACGAUCAAGCUUUGGAAGAGCGACACCUAG